CUCAACUCUCUGCAUCCUAAAUACAAAUGUACCCUCCUUGGAAGCGGCCCAUGCCCCUGUCUAUGCAUGAGGACCCCAUGUACACCACAGCCUCUUUGGGCAUUGAUAUGUUCAACAUCACCACGCAUGUCCUCGAGUCUGCUGUUAACAAGAGCCUUCCAGAGAAUAGCGACUGCCCAGACACGGAGUGGUUGAGCUGGCUCAAUGCCAUCCAGGCCCCCUUCCUCUGGGUUCUCUUCCUGCUGGCUGCACUGGAGAACAUCUUUGUCCUCAGUGUGUUCUGCCUGCACAAGAACAACUGCACCGUGGCAGAGAUCUACCUGGGCAACCUGGCAGCUGCGGAUCUCAUUCUGGCCUGUGGAUUGCCCUUCUGGGCCAUCACCAUCGCCAAUAACUUCGACUGGCUGUUUGGAGAGGUGCUGUGCCGCGUGGUAAACACAUUGAUCUACAUGAACCUCUAUAGCAGCAUCUGCUUCCUGAUGCUUGUGAGUGUUGACCGCUACCUGGCACUAGUGAAGACCAUGUCCAUGGGCCGGAUGCGCGGGGUGCGCUGGGCCAAAAUCUACAGCCUGGUGAUCUGGGGCUGUACGCUGCUUCUGAGUUCACCCAUGCUGAUGUUCAGGACCCUAAUGAAGUACAACGAAGAGGGCUUCAACGUCACUGCCUGCGCCAUCAUCUACCCGUCCCCCUCCUGGGAGGUAUUCACCAAUGUGCUGUUGAACCUGGUGGGCUUCCUGCUGCCCCUAACCAUCAUCACCUUCUGCACGGUGAAGAUCAUGCAGGUGCUGAGGAACAACGAGAUGAAGAAGUUCAAGGAGAUCCAAACAGAAAGGAAGGCCACUGUGCUUGUGCUGGCUGUCCUGGGGCUCUUUGUGAUAUGUUGGGUUCCCUUCCAGAUCAGUACCUUCCUGGACACACUGAUUCGUCUCAAUGUGCUGUCUGGAUGCUGGGUCAGGCAUGCUGUGGACGUCAUUACACAGAUCAGUUCCUACAUGGCCUACAGCAACAGCUGCCUCAACCCUCUGGUGUACGUGAUUGUGGGCAAGCGCUUCAGGAAGAAGUCCCGGGAAGUGUACCAAGCGAUGUGCCGGAAGGGGGGCUGCAUGGGAGAAUCCAUCCAGAUGGAGAACUCCCUGGGGACUCUGAAGACUUCUAUCUCAGUGGAACGCCAGAUCCACAAGCUGCAGGAUUGGUCAGGGAACAGACAGUGAACAGAGGCCACCAGGAAGGACUAUUUCGAAGACGUGUGAAGACUGGUGGAUCCUGGACUACUCAGCCUGGGUGCGGGAAGGAGCCUGAGCAUCCUAGGCAGCCCCAGGGAAACAGGCGGGUGAUUCCAGACCCAUCUCAUGGCCUGAGCGUGCUGUGAAGAAUGGAUCCCCUGGAGCACAGUGGGAUGAUUCUGACUGACUGGCACUCUGAGGCCCCGUGAGUGGAGGGAUCCUGGGGUAGGGUUGGAAGUGACAGCACUUCCUUCCACGGUGGCUCGGGGAAGGACAGAUCUUCAGGGAAACUGCUGCCAGGUUCACCCUGUGGCUACACUCACAGGAGGCCCGGCUGACUUGCUUCUAGGUUUCACAGUUUGAUGAUUUCCUGGUCUUCUGGAGGUUAAACUCUGGGUCCAAGUAAGGACCCAGAGAUUGGGGUUCUGUCACCCCUCUCACCAUGGAGACAGUGAGAAAGAACCCCCCAAAGUGUUUAUGGAGCACUUGCUGAAUACACAGCAUUAGACACUGUGGGCAAGAGAUAAGAGAGUCACAGUGACAUCUUAUAUCAGGGAGCCCUGAUAUAAGCAGGAUGCCAGGACUUGCAGUCCCCAGGAGGCAGCUGAUGGUGUAUAAACGCAAGGAACUGUGAAAGGAGCAGAAAGCACAUGUCUAGGUGAGCCAGUGGACAACACAGUGGCCUGGCCCUGGCCUCUGCUUCUUCUGCUAGAAUGUGAGAGGGUCUUGUGCUUUGGCAAAUGGCGGGUGUCAUGUGACUGUGUGGCAUCAGAACACACAUCACAUGAAGAUGCUUGGCACAGAGACAGUCACCGAGGCUCAGGAACUACCCAAUGGGGAAUAAUCAGUGUUGGAAAACACAGGCUGUGCCUGCAGGUGUAGGAGGCCCUCCCUCCUACCUUUCCCUCCUAGUUAGUGACCCACCCCAAUGCACACACAAUAAAGUGUUACGCCUGCCUGAAUUCCAGAACCCAAAUCACCACCACAAGACCACCUCCGAUGUAAAAACAAGGAGUCUUUAUUCAUGAGUUAACUCGGUUCCCUCCAUCCAUCCGAAGCAGCAACAACAACAAAAGCAGUAUCAACAGCAACAGUGUAGAAGAGACCUGGAGCAAUAGAAAAAAAUGGAGUUUAUAUAUGGACAGAGGCUCUGGGAAUUCCAAGCCUUGGGGCUUGUGAUUGGCUGUCCCCUAGUGGCUUGAAGGGGGCAUUCCAGACUUCCAGGCUUGGGAUUGGCUGCCCUCCCAAAUUGUAGGGGGGCUUUCCAGGACUAAGGGAACUUCCCAAACUGCCAGUAACUGCCUGAGGCUCUGAUAGAUCCGUUUUCCCUGCCCAGGGAUUGGCUGGUUUUGAGUAAGGGGCAGAAAUGGCUCCGCUUUUGGGUCCAAGCUGUGUUUCUUUCUCUGGUUCUUUCUACUUUUUAAACCUAAUCUUGGGGCAAAGGUAAAUAUCUUUGAUAUGCCCUAAAUCUAGGAACCUAGUGCAUUCUUUUGGUCCUAGUUUUAGGAUUUAGGGGCUUUUUUCCGGCUCUAGGUUUGGGGACAAAGUGUCUCUUCCCCUGGCUCUGGUCCUGUUUUUAGGUUGUGUUUCUUUCUCUGGGUUGGGGCUUGGAGCCUAGCCAUUCGAGAUCUGUGUGGGGGCUGUGGAUCAGAGAUUUUCUGGGACCUGGGUCUCUCAAAAGCAUUUGGCACACAGAGAUGGUGGGAAACGGCAAGAGUUUGUGUUGCUAGGAGACAAAGAAAAAGAAUUCUCACGGGAUCAGCCCAGGGAAUCCACAGUACACAGCCUGGCUGCAAUCAUUAACUGUCCAGGGCGGUCCUGCCUCACAGGAUCCCUGUUUCAGUGGCCAACGGGUGCCAAUCAGUGGUUUAAGAGUGGUUCACAAAGUAGUGGAAGCUACGUACGUAAGGGCAGCUGACCUACCCUAGGUCACUAAUCCCAGGGCGAUGAUUCCAGGCCCAACUCCCUACAUGGCCACAGAUUGCCUCAUGAGUGAUGGCAGGGGCAGCCUGAGCUACCUGGAAACUCUGACUUGAGAAACACCCCCUGGGGUGGGGACAACACACCUGCUCCUUGAACAGGUCUUCCACUGGAGAUGAAAGAACUGCCCCAGAUGGCUUCAGGGUCACUGGAUUCCCCGUGAGAACCUACUCCAAGAGCCAUGGGUGGGCUCAGUUGUCAGACUCCAUACUCCCAGUUCCAGAAUCUUCCACAGGAGUUUAUUUUUCCACACGUCCAUAUCAGUGACUUUUCUCGUGGCUGUGACAAAUUACCUAUCAGAAGCAGCUUAUGGGAGAGAAAAGGUUUGCUUCACCUCACAGUGUCAAAAAGGUUUCCGUCCAUUGUAGCAGGGGUGGUAUGGUAACUAGGGCAUGCAACAGAGACGUCUUACAUCGGAGGGACCAGUAAACAGACACAAGCAAGCGAGACCAGGGGCAGGAUAUGACCUACAAUGGCUUGACUCUAGCGGGUGACUUGCACCAACUAGAUCUGAUUCCCUAAAGGUUUCAUAGCUUCCCCAUAUAGGGAAUAAAGUCUCAAAACAUGAGCGGAGGGGCGGGAGAGAAUUUCAGACCCUGUGACUAACAGUACUCCAAGUUCCCCGGGAGAUAUGCGGAACAGACCACACAGUCCCCAACACCAAGCCACUUAGGACCUGGCUACUCAAUAGCCCAGGAACUGGAGACUUGGGAAGCAAGCAGAGUUCUGUGGUGUUUCUGGCUAGGUUGGAGCCAGGGGUGUAGAAGAAAGGGGCCAGCAAAAGAAACCCACGCUGGCCACAAUGUUUACAAAGGGAGUGCUUACGUGGCAAAACAAAACAAAACAACAACAACAAAACAUCUUGAACCCUGACAGAGAAGUCGUCAGGGAAAUUCCUUUUCCACCCCUCCCUUUGCCCCCAGUAAACUUAACACUUGUAGCCAGGAAAGGAAAACAGGUGACAUAAGAAGUGGAUGCUAGGAUUCUGUGCUAGAAUGGAACCCAGCCACUGCUGUACUAUAACAUACUAUAAAUGAUAAGCAGAACCCAGUCCUCAGAAGAGAUGUUGGUUUGCUGUGGGCUCCAGGAACACAACCUGGCCUCCUUGGGGUGGCUGAAGGGUCUCCACCUGGGUCUCUGCAGGAGGAAAGCCCCCUUUGUGCUUGUGUGGACAGCCUGGUGAGAAGUCGUGUCCUGUGAGAGCGUGUGCAGAGGAAGUGUCUGCGCUGCCUACGAGAAGGGAGGCUUUGCAUAAACAUUCACCUCUUUUGCGCACUGGAAUAAACAGAUGAGUUCUGCAUAGUGUUUGACUGUGUCACACUUCCUGAAGCCCUGAGCCCUGACCUGGGAUCCUGACUCCGGCAGUUGAAAGUCUCGGGAGAUGCGGAGCACAGUCUGUUCCUGAGGCUUCAUGGAGAAGAUCAGUGGUCUCCAAGUGUGUCCCUUAUGAGUUAGGAGUGGGGGAAGCAUGAUUCACAACACACAAUUUGUACACUUAUUAAUAUGCAUUGAAAUAUGCACACUUAAAUAUAUUAAACAAAUCGUAUUAUAAUUUUUCAGAAAA